AUGCAUUUUUCCUCCGCCGCAGCUCUCGUUGCCCUCUCCUCGGUCGGCCUCACAUAUGCUGCGCCAUUCGCCAAUCCCCAGGAAGAGAUCGUUCGCCGCAAAGUCACUUACCAAGUGGUCAAUGUCGAUGGAGACCCGGCCAGCUCUGCUGCUCCAGAAAUUGAGACCGUGACCGAAACCGUCAAUUCCUUCACCACGGUAGUGGGCCCCGCUAUUUCACCUCUGACCGUGACCGUCACUGCUCCCAGCAGCACUCCGACCCCAAGCUCGACUCCCCACUCUCAUGUCGCCCCUCCCCCUGGCGCUUCUUUCUUCCCUGCCCCCAGUUCUGGCUCGGGCUUUUUCCGCCGUGGCUUGAUGGCCGCUGGUCAUCCUCUUCAGUUCGCUCGCGGCUAUGAGUCCUCGGCCGCUAGUGUCACUGCGACCCCUCUCGCUGCUCGUGGCUGGUACCCUUCGUCGGUCGCGACUCCCACUUCCAGCUCCACCAGCACUCCUGGCAUCAUUGUUCGUCAAUUCGGUGUCUGGAGCUCGUCUGCAGUUGCUUCUUCUUCGUCGGUUGCUACGUCUUCUGCUUCUUUGGUUGCGCGCCAGUUUGGUGGCUGGGCUUCCUCUUCUAUCGCUUUUCCUUCCGCAAGCGUAAGCUCUAACUCUUUGGCUGCUCGUCAACUUGGCAGCUGGGGCUCUAGCGGUUCUCUGUCUGCCACUCCCAGCUCGACUACGCCUGUCUCUGCUACUCCCUUUAUCGCUCGGGACUUCCACAACCACUACUACCCCAGCGUUUCCAGCUCGGCCGCUCCCAGCUCGAGCUUCACUCCUUUCCCUUCUGCCAAUGCUCUGCUUUAA